AUGAUUUAUGUGGAUGGAGUUCCAUUUGCUCCUGCCAACUCUUCCCAGGGCACAGACAUUUUGAUGGCAUUGAUGGAGCAUCCAGUCCUGGUGUCUGCCUCAAACGCGUUUGAAUCAAUGACAGAGAAGAAGUUGUCGUUUUCUGAUUCGAGAAAUAGUAGAUGGGUUUAUCUCUUUCAAAGGGAGUUUGCAACAGUUGACCCAAAGUUAGUGGAUCUUGCUGGCACUGACGAGGCAACUACUUGUGUUUGCGUUGCCAUAAGAAACCGCAAAAGUGGAAUGAUAUCUGUCGCUCAUAUGGAUUUUCCCGAAAUUGUUGAUAUGGGCCUUAGUCAGAUGCUAUUGUCGGUUGCCGAUCAAGAUUGUGAUAAUCUAUUAGAAGUACAUCUGAUGGGUGGGUUUGAUGAUAGCUUGUCUCUGAAACCAUAUCCUGCUAUGAAAACUAAAACAAAAAUGGAAGGAUAUUCGCGGCCAUUGUGUGUGAAGAUCAUCGAAACCCUGAGAAAAAGGAGUGAGAAGUUUCAAAUCCAAAUUCUCCAUGUUCUUGGUCGUAACACCAAAUGGGAUUCUGAAGGGAUUGCAAAACCCAUUUUCCAUGGAAUUGUGGUUGAAACAGCCACUGGCUCAAUCUUCCCUGCCAGCUUUGAUCGAACUUCAAGAUGCCCUGAUGAAAUUGUGAGGAGAAUACGACUAGCUUCAUGUUUUGAGGAUCCCAGUUGGGCUGGAAAACUGCUUGAUACAUACGACACUACAACCGAUCGUUUUGUCAUUGCUCCAUGCGCUUGGACCAUAUGGCAAAAAGAAACGGCGCUGUCCCUAAAAAAUCUUUCUGAUACAGAAAUACUACUCACGAGAUCGUCUUCUCCUUCUGCAGAGGGUCCCGAUUUCGUGUAUAACGAAAGAAGGAUUGCAGACUACUUGAUCGCGCACCCAGAUUGGAAAGAAACUUUUCCUGGAAGAAAGGCGCGUGUGUUUCAGAGGGCUGCAGAUGGAGCCUGGAGCACAAUGAAGGAUUAUUGUUAA